AUGAAUCAGAGCACCCGAAGAUUUGAAUGUAAAUUUAAGUACUUUACAGAAAGGGGAUUUUCAGAAAGAUAAAAUUGAAGGGAAAAGAAUUUAGAAAUCUGUUGAUGGAACUAAAGAUGAAGAAGAAUUUAAAAACAAUAAGCAAAAUGGAUUUGACAAAGCUCAAAGGUUGUGUUGUUAAUGA